AUGUCUUCCACCGGACGUGUUACUCAGGCUUGCGCGCGCUGCAGAAAGCAAAAGUUGAAGUGCGAUGCCUUGAGACCCUGUUUGCUAUGUGUACGCGCUGGUGUCGAAUGUGAGGCGCGGUUCAUUCCUCCCAAAGCUAGAAGUGAUCGAGCAUCCCCGGCUCGUCGACGACGGUCCACUGCCCACACAAACCGUGCAGGAGCACAUCAAACGAGCUUAUUAUCAUCGUCGUCGUCGACGACGAGUAUACCGUCAUUCCCACAGCCUAGUGCCAGCCCGAAUGCACAGGUCCCCGCUGCAUGUGGCCAGCAUCAAUCUCCCCGUGGGGAACGCCAGGAUGCCCCAGACCAAAGUCCCAAUGAGAGUCAACAAUUUGGUGCGAAUACAUCCGUGAUUGGAUUCGCGAAGAACGUUUUCAGGCAUAAUGACCUGGCCUCCCCGAGUAUCACUUCUACGAUUCCGGGGGAUCCAGGUGUCUUCCGCCGCUCAACCUCAAGAUGGACACUCCAUCGCAUGAUCAUGCCGCCGCCAACAGUGAUGCAUACCCUCUUGGAGGCAUACUUUGACCGUGUCCACUGGUUCAUCUAUCUAUUCCAUCAACAGAGCUUCAUGACUCGGGCAGACGCUCUACUGAGUGGCUCUCCAUGGACAAGGCAAGACAUGCCAGCAAUCAUGACGAUGCUGACAGCGUCAGCCAUGGCCCUUAAAUGCAUUCUUAAUGACCCCGAGUGGGCAGGCCAUUCUGUCUUGGCUACUUACGCUCUGGACGCAAGAUCGCUCCUCGCAGACUUCAUUGGUGAGAUACGCAUCCAUCUCAUUGAUUUACUGGAUGAUUCACAAAUCGAGACGGUACAAGUAUGCAUCCUCCUAGGUACCUACUAUAUCUAUCAUGGUUCUCCUAGUCUGGCAUGGAGUAUCCUGGGCAUGGCAGUGAGAACUGCAUAUGCAUUAGCAUUGCACUGCGAGGAUCCGGAAGACCAUCCACAGAUCGCCUUACAGGUUCGCCAUCGCACUUGGAAUCAUGUUACCGUGGCAGAUACAUUUUCUGCCAUGAUAUAUGGACGUCCAGCGGGGUUGGAUGCAGAAUUUGCGCAGGUGCAACCUCUCAGUGAAAUGGAUGAUACUGUGGUUACUCUUGAAGUUACAACUACGGACGAGCCGGAUAAUCUUAUCUCGACAUUGUCCCGCCUGCCUUUCCACGUCCUCAAAUAUCGAUUGUACACAAUCACUCGAAGGGCUUUGGACACGUUCCGCCUCCUUCGCCUGAGAGAUCCUCUCUCCUCAGAGGAUCAGCAAGCGCUGAUUAGUGCCGUCUCACACAUCGAAUCUUUGCUUGGGGCGUGGCAGAAAGAGGUCCCACCGCAUCUCUCGUGGGAUGACUGGCAAAAUGUCGAUCCCAAUGGUCCUUUUCCUGCCAAACUACACGACCUGACUCACGUAGGAGAAAGCCAGACCAGAAUCUUCUAUCUUCAAGCGAUGGUGCUACAAGUGACCUAUGACAGCACAUUGAUCCUGAUCCAUCGACCGUUACUCGAGCACAAAAUGGCUGCAGGAGCUACGUUAUCGUCCAGCCAGAAUUUUGUUUCAAGAUCAUUGGAGGUAGCCGUUGAUGCCGCUCUCAGAAUUUCUCGGGUUCCUAUGGCUAAGUUCAAUCACCAUCUGAGCCUUUCCUUUGCCUUCAUGCAUUUCUUCACUGCCGGAGUGAUUCUGUGCAUUCCGCCUGCGAGACAGCCUUUCAGCUCCCUUGCGCAAGAGGCCAAGGCUGGCAUCAUGCGCAUAAUCCUGACUUGUAGAGAUCUCGGAAGCAGUAGCCAAAUCGCACGACAUAUCGAUCAGUUGCUAACGGCUCUCCUGCGAAUCACUGUACUACGAGAGAUGGACAAUGCUUUACAAAAUCAAAGAGCAGGUGUGGUGUCUGCCGAGCAGGGCAAUGCUGCAACCGCUUCUUUCAACAGCGAUGCUCCACCUUGUCAAGUAGUCGACGAUCGGCCUUCCCUGAAUGAUCAAGCCAGCUUGUAUUCUAAUCAGUCGUAUUCGACUUCAGUGCCAUCAAGACUUGCGGCUUCAUUAGCAACAAAUUUGACUGGGGAAGGGGAUGCAGAAUUUUCUUUCGACUUGGGCGGAGUGCACGACAAUCCUGGCAUUGAGUUUGACACUCAGUUAGAUGAGGCGUUUGGCACCUUUGGUCAAAUGAUGUUCAACGUUCAGCCAGAUGAUCCCUACACCCCAUGGAAUUGGGGCAGCCGUUCACGAUAG